CAAUAUUUGCACCUUCAAGUUUUCAUAAUAUUGGAAGAAAAUACUACAAGAUGGAAGCAAAAACAACAAAAAAAUCUUAAAAAGCUUAAUGAUGAAAUGCUAACUCCUUUUCAUAACAUACUAAGCAAUUCCACUUAUGAGAAUAUUUCUUAUCAAUUUUAUAAGUAUAUUUCUCAAGUUGUAGAAGAAAAGCUAGAUUCUCAAGGAGAUAUUAUAUCUGAAAUUCUUGAGUGCUAUGUAGAAACCAAAUGGAUAUUUGAUAAGAACCCUACUUGUGUUGCUUAUAAGAAAAGCUUUGGUUCUUAUGAUGUUUCCAAAUGUAACCAAUAUGUGGAUAGCCCAACCUUAUUUAUGAGAUUAUUAUUUGAGGAUGAUUUAGAAGCUUUUAAGGAUAUAAAAAUAGAUAUGCUAAUUGAAGAUCUUGAAAAGUCUAUAGCUAGUUGGGAGCAACAUUUUUUAUCAAGUCAAAAUAUUACUUUAAAGCAAAUUUUACAAAGAGCAAAUGGAAUGACUGUGGAAGAAUUGGUGGAAAAUGCAUCCCAUCUUCUUGGAAAGUGUGUUAUCAAGUCUCUUGUAGAAUUUUUUGUAGUUUUAAAAGAUGAGCAUAAUAAAAGCUUAGACACAUUUGCAAAGUAUUGGAAAGAAAAUGGCAUUUCUAAUUGUAAAGAGUUACUGAAAAGGCAAAUCAGUAGUAAUAAAGACUAUUAUUGGUAUAAGGCUGAGGGGUGUACUCAUAGGUGCCCAUUAUGUGG